AUGAAUAAGAGUAAUUUGGGGUCCAUCAGAAGCUCUGAUCUCAUUGAUGCCAAGCUUGAAGAGCAUCAGAUGUGUGGAUCCAAGCAGUGCCCCGGUUGUGGACACAAACUCGAAGGAAAGCCGGAUUGGUUAGGUCUACCAGCAGGAGUGAAAUUUGAUCCAACAGACCAAGAACUGAUUGAACACCUUGAAGCAAAGGUAGAAGGCAAAGACACCAAGUCUCACCCUUUGAUUGAUGAGUUCAUCCCUACAAUUGAAGGAGAAGAUGGGAUUUGUUACACCCAUCCUGAAAAACUUCCAGGAGUCACAAGAGAUGGCUUGAGCAGGCACUUCUUCCACAGACCUUCGAAAGCUUACACAACUGGGACAAGAAAAAGAAGAAAAAUCCAAACCGAAUGUGACUUGCAAGGUGGGGAAACAAGGUGGCACAAGACAGGCAAGACCAGGCCAGUCAUGGUGAAUGGCAAACAAAAAGGGUGCAAGAAAAUCCUGGUCCUCUACACCAACUUUGGGAAAAAUCGAAAACCCGAAAAGACGAAUUGGGUGAUGCACCAAUACCAUCUUGGGCAGCAUGAGGAAGAGAAAGAAGGAGAGCUUGUGGUGUCAAAGAUAUUCUAUCAGACACAGCCCAGGCAAUGCAACUGGUCUGAUAGAGCAAGCGCAACAACUGGUGAAGGAAGCAGUGAUAUCGUGCCUGCUAAUAGCAGAAGAGAUAGUGGCAGUGGGAGUUGUUCUUCUAAAGAAAUAAUACCACCCCAUUCUCAUUCUCAUUCUCAUAGAGAGCAUGACCAAAUGUCUGCAGUAGCAUCUGGAGUUGCAGCUGCUGCUCCUAUUUCAAGUUACAGUGCCAUGGACAUUCAUCAGUUGAAAUCAGACCACUUCAGCUUUGCCCCAUUCAGAAAAAGCUUUGAUGAGGUGGGGAUAGGAGGAGAGGCUUCAACAGCAAGGGAAGGACCGGCAUCCGGCACGUGCGAAGAGAUGAGAGGGGAACACCACCACCAGAGAUCAGUACCACAGCCUCAUCAUCAUCAUCAUCAUCAUAUGGCCCAUGAAGUAGUACCUGAUCACCAUCAGCAUGAUCAACAUCAACAACAGCAGCAGCAACUACAUCAUCAACAAAUUGCUACAGCUUUCCACAUCAGCCGUCCUUCACAUCCCAUUUCCACCAUCAUCUCUCCACCUCCUCUCCAUCACACCUCCAUCAUUCUCGACCAAGACUCUUACUCUCGAAUCAUGCUCCAAAAUGAAAAUUUCCAGGCGCAGCAACAACAACAACAACAACAGCAUCAUAAAAUGGGAGCAAGGUCUGCAUCUGGUUUGGAGGAACUCAUAAUGGGAUGCACCUCCAGCAGUAAUGUGAAAGAAGAGUCAUCCAUGCCAAACCCUCAAGAGGCAGAGUGGAUGAAGUACUCUUCCUUCUGGCCUGACCCUGACAACCCAGAUCAUCAUGGGUAG